UCACCUUUUACAGGUCUCGAUCUCCCCCGCGCUUUUGUGCGUCAGCCCAACACCCUCAUGAAAACCACCACCUCACCUCCUCUUCCUCACCCCCACCGCCGCCCCUAAGUUUCCCACCCCGAACCUUCUAGAACCUUCCUUCCAUGGCCCCGCCCCCGUCCAUGGCCUCCUCCACCCCCGAUCGUGCCGACGCGGGCGAGCCGGCGUCCUCGCUCCGCCUCCGCCGCGCACCCUCCGCCGACCCCGACGCCGGCGACACCUCCGGCUGCUGGAGGGAUAACGGCGAGCAGCACCCGCCGCCGAAUCCGCAGCAGCAGCACGAGAUGUUCUGCUAUCGCGCGUCGGCGCCCGCCCACCGCCGCGUCAAGGAGAGCCCCCUCAGCUCCGACGCCAUCUUCCGGCAGAGCCAUGCAGGUCUUCUGAAUCUAUGUAUUGUUGUGCUGAUUGCAGUGAACAGCAGACUUAUUAUUGAGAAUUUAAUGAAGUAUGGCCUACUAAUAAGAGCUGGAUUUUGGUUUAGUGCAAGAUCUCUGGGAGAUUGGCCCCAUCUGAUGUGCUGUCUCACUUUACCAGUUUUCCCACUUGCGGCACUCAUGGCUGAGAAGUUGAUUCAAAGAAAGCUCAUUAGUGAACGUGUGGUUAUUCUUCUCCAUAUCAUUAUUACAACAUCUGUCAUUGUCUAUCCGGUUGUUGUAAUUCUUAUGUGUCACACAGCAGUAUUAUCUGGAUUUGUGUUGAUGUUUCUUGCAAGCAUCAUGUGGUUGAAGCUUGUCUCUUAUGCUCAUACAAAUUAUGAUAUACGGAUAUUGUUGAAAAGUAUUCAAAAGGGUGCUACGCCUAUCAAUACUAUUGAUCCUGAGAACAUUAAAGAUCCAACCUUUCAAAGUCUAGUGUACUUCAUGUUGGCCCCAACACUUUGUUACCAGUCAACUUAUCCCCGAACUACAUUUAUUAGGAAGGGCUGGGUGAUCCGACAACUUGUAAAGUGUGUGGUUUUUACAGGCUUGAUGGGAUUCAUAAUUGAGCAAUACAUGAAUCCAAUUGUGAAGAAUUCCAAGCAUCCACUGAAAGGGAAUUUCUUGAAUGCUAUAGAGAGAGUCUUGAAACUAUCAAUACCAACAUUAUACGUAUGGCUUUGCAUGUUCUAUUGCUUUUUCCAUUUAUGGUUGAACAUUCUUGCAGAAGUCCUUUGUUUUGGUGAUCGUGAAUUCUAUAAGGACUGGUGGAACGCCAAAACAGUUGAAGAGUACUGGAGAAUGUGGAACAUGCCUGUUCAUAAGUGGAUCAUUCGACAUAUAUAUUUCCCAUGCAUAAGGCGUGGUUUGUCAAAGGGUGUAGCGAUUCUAAUCUCAUUUCUGCUUUCAGCUGUAUUUCAUGAGAUAUGUAUUGCUGUGCCGUGCCACAUUUUCAAGUUCUGGGCAUUUAUUGGGAUCAUGUCUCAGAUACCGCUGGUAUUCUUGACGAGAUAUCUUCAAGAUAAGUUCAAGAACCUAAUGGUGGGCAAUAUGAUCUUUUGGUUCUUCUUCAGCAUACUCGGGCAACCGAUGUGUGUUCUUUUGUACUACCACGAUGUCAUGAACAGGCAAGUCCAGGCAAGUAGAUAGCUCCAUCGAAACAUGUACCGUAAUACGGAUCCUCAGAGGCAAAUCGACUUGGCAAGAAGAAGCAACAGCCUCCUUGUCAUUUUUACCAUCAGCUAGUCAGCUUGCUAAUGCUCCCAUUCCAUGCGGCAUGCCGGGGACGCAGCGUGUACAUUGCCAAUGAUGUGUCAGUGAUGCAACCUGAAGGUCAUCUCUAACAGUUCCGACAUGUGGACCCUGUACACUUUUCAGUUUACAUGUCAGCCGUGCUGUGUGCAUAUUGUCGUGUUAGAUGUAACGUGUGUGUAACAUGAAACAUCAGCCUUGAGGUCCCUAUGAGAAAAAGGAUCACGUUGAGUGAGACAUUUGUGUAUUAACUUGGCUGGAAAGAAUAAUGAGGCAUCGCAUCAUCCCCUUGUUAAAAUUUCAUGCACCUGUUUUCUCUCAGGCCAACUGAACCAUGGAAAUAUCAGGCAUCAAAUCCAGGAGAAGAGUGCCACCCGGAGCAUUUGAUUUGAGGACAAUAUAAGGUUCAAUUUACAGCUUUAUACGAUUACGCAACAGUAGAGCAUCUAUUGGUACGAACAGAAAAAUCUACAGGGAAGCUUCUUAUUUGUUUUUGCCACCCUUUAUUAUUUGGUUUCUCUUUGUUACUUGUUCAGUUCUCUAUCAUAUAUCCCUGUGAUUUAGAUUUAUAUUUUUUGCCUUUUAUACGGAUUUGACAAUUAGAAAACUUGAUUCAAACGACUUUCAGAACGGAAAGCUGGAUUGAGAGAAAAGGGAGCAAUGCUGCUGCGGCCUAGAUUGAGAGAAGAGGACGUGGCGUGGGCCCUGCAGCACCGGUCUACCACCCGUUAGAAAGGCGUGAAGUGGCUAUUUUUUUUUUAUAUAUUUUUGUCCAAUUCGGAAAAUGUACUAAGAGUGAGGUAGAUUUUUUCAAAUUAUUCCGGCCACAUGCCUGUUUUUUUCUUCAUACUCUCAUAUGCCAGUUAAAAAAAUGUACAUCACAUAAGCUGCAGAACUUUGCUUUCA